AGAGCUUAUUCACUUUACAAGAAGCUCAGACCUAACUCAUCCAGGAGCAAUAGUCAUAGGCAAUUAUGUAAUCGAACCAAGACGAGAAGUAAAGCUCUUAGGAGUCGUCUUCGAUCAGCAGCUCCGGUAGAGAGCCCACGUCCAGAGAGUAGUCACACGAGCAACCAAGACCUGCCUAGCUAUCAGCAGACUAAGGCACCUUCGACCGAAACAAAUGCGCCAGCUCUAUCAAGCAUGCGUUGUUCCCCAAUUAGACUACGCCUCAACGGUCUAGCACUCCCCAAAGAGAUGUAAAUAGCAAAUAGGAGUACUCUCUAGGGUUUAAAGGAUGGCAACAACCAAGGCCAUCUCAGCCUUCUAAACCGUUUCUACCCAAACACUAGACUACGAGAACUUUCUUCUACUAACAAAGCUGCGUCUCCAGGUACGAGCGGAGAGGGUUAUCUCUAACCUUAGAACGCUUCCAGCUUCGCACCCAUGUAGAGCUCUCGUCAACAAAGCAUCCCUAAAGCUUAACCUAGCAGCUAGUUUCCUUAGCCCCCUUAACGUAACUCUCAAGCUAU